GUCAGGAAGGGAAAUAAACAAAACAAACCCGAGCAGCAUGGAGAGGCCGGGCCGGGGCCGGAGACAGCGCCGGGGCCGGGCGGGCGGCGCCCGGUGCUGAGGCGCCCCCUCCCCCGCGGACCUAGGGAGGCGCCAGAAAUUUACAAAGAGAAGAGCUCCAUGUGGGUGAACUGAAGAUAUACUAGGUUUAAACUUGAGUCCCUUUCAUUGCAUGAGUUGCAUGUUACCCACUGACACUGAAGUAAAGCUGGAAAAAAACCUACAAGUUAAGAAAACAAGAAGUUUGGAAUUGGACUUGGGGGAUCUGGGCUUGGAAAUGCCUCAGCCCAGUGUGAGUGGAAUGGACCCUCCUUUUGGGGAUGCCUUUCGGAGCCAUACAUUUUCAGAACAGACGCUGAUGAGCACAGAUCUUCUGGCAAACAGUUCAGAUCCAGAUUUCAUGUAUGAACUGGACAGAGAAAUGGACUGUCAGCAGAGCUCCAGAGACAACUUCCUUUCUAUGGAGGACUGCAAAGACAUUGAAAACCUGGAGUCUUUUACAGACAUUCUGGGUAAUGAAGCAUUUGCCUCAAACUGGGAGCAGUGGGACACGUACUGUGAAGAUCUAACCAAGUAUACCAAACUAACCAGCUGUGACAUUUGGGGAACAAAAGAAGUGGAUUAUCUUGGCCUUGAUGAUUUUUCAAGCCCAUACCAAGAUGAAGAGGUGAUAAGUAAAACUCCAACUUUGGCCCAGCUUAACAGCGAGGACUCUCAACCUGUCUCAGAUUCACUUUAUUACUCAGAUUCACUUUUUAGUGUAAAACAGAACACUCUAACUUCUCUGCUACCUGGCAAAAAGAUCACAAGCAGAGCAGCAGCCCCAGUUUGUUCCUCCAAAAAUGUUCAGGCUGAGGCGCCUUUGUCAGACUGUGUUCAAAAAGCGAGCAAGCCCACGUCAAGCACACAAAUCAUGGUGAAGACCAACACAUACACUAAUGAGAAGGUGAACAUUCACGUUGAAUGUAAAGACUAUGUUAAAAAAGCAAAAGUAAAGAUCAGUCCGUUGCCACAGAGCAGACCGGUGUUGAGCCAGGCCCAUGCAGAUGCAGCAAAAGAAAACACCUGCUACUGUGGAGCUGUGGCAAAGAGACAAGAAAGGAAAGUGGUAGACUCCCUUCAGACUCCUAGUACUCCUCCUCCUGUUCUGCCUUUUAAAGAGACUCAGGAAUUGCUCCUCAACCCACCCCAGGAAACUCCUGGGCUAAUUGUGGGGGAGAGCAGCCUUUCUGCCAGUACGUGCGCGCCAGAUUCUUCACAGAAGAAAGAAGAGCACAAUUAUUCUCUUUUUGUCACAGAUAGCUUGGGUGAACAGUCAAUCAAAGGAGACCCUGAAGAGGAGGAUGAGGAUGAGGAGGAUGUUGAAGAUGAAGACCAUGAUGAAGGAUUUGGCAGUGAGCAUGAGUUGUCUGAAAAUGAUGAUGAGGAGGAAGAUUAUGAAGAUGACAAAGAUGACGACAUCAGUGAUACUUUCUCUGAACCAGGAUAUGAAAAUGAUUCUGUGGAAGACUUGAAAGAAAUGACUGCAGUAUCUUGCCGGAAAAGAGGCAAAAGAAGAUAUUUUUGGGAAUAUAGUGAACAACUGACUACAUCUCAACAAGAAAGAAUGCUGAGGCCAUCUGAAUGGAAUCGAGAUACAUUACCAAGUAAUAUGUAUCAGAAAAAUGGACUCCAUCAUGGAAAAUAUGCAGUGAAGAAGUCACGGAGGACUGAUGUGGAAGACUUAACUCCCAACCCUAAAAAGCUUCUCCAGAUCGGCAAUGAGUUAAGGAAACUGAAUAAGGUGAUCAGUGACCUGACACCAGUCAGUGAACUACCCUUAACUGCUAGACCAAGGUCAAGAAAAGAAAAGAACAAACUAGCUUCCAGGGCUUGCAGACUAAAGAAGAAAGCCCAGUAUGAAGCCAACAAAGUCAAAUUGUGGGGUCUCAACACAGAAUAUGAUAAUUUGUUGUUUGUGAUCAAUUCUAUAAAGCAAGAAAUUGUUAAUCGAGUGCAGAUCCCUAAAGAUGACAGAGGAACCAACAUGGAACAGAAGCUUGAUGUACUCGUUAAAGAUACUCUUGGACUACCUGUAGCGGGACAAACAUCAGAGUUUGUGAACCAAGUUCUAGAGAGAACUGCAGAAGGAGACCCCACUGGUGGCCUUGUAGGGCUGCGAAUACCAACGUCAAAAGUGUAACGGACAUCACUUCACCUGUUCUCAUUGGUCAGAGCUCUACCUGUGUUGUCAAGUACUCCAUUGUAAAUUGCAUUCUGGUCUGCAUGUCCGUUUGUAGCAUUAUGUAAACACUUACAAUUAGGUUCCAUUGUUUUUAAUAACAAUGUAGUAAGAUAAGUGAAUGCAUGGUAUAAAAUGCUUAAUAGCAUUUUUGGAGCAUAAACCAUAUAGUUUUAAAGCUGCUUCCCACAUAAAUGCAGAGAUUAGGAGUCUUUAAAAUUAAGUCAUCUAGGACCAGGUCGUAUAAAUUUGGUUUUAGAAGCAAAAAUAUAUUUUUGGUAGUGAAAAACCUUAGCAAAUACCAAACAUUGUGGCAGGUUUAUGCUCCAAGUAAAAUAAAGAAGAAGCAUUUUUUUGCAAAUUAUCAGUUUGGUAUUUUUCUAGAAUUAUUGCUUUUUUGGUUCUAAAAAGAAUAAAAUGAGUAAGCUUUCUUUGCAACCAUUAACUUGUACAUAGCACACCUGGCAUUAGAGCUAGUGUGCCAUAUAAGACUUUAAUUUUAUGAGCUUAAUAUGGUAUUUAAAUGUCUGUGCAAGUAAGAGAAAAAAGUAUAUUCUUUGUGCCUUGUAUUUUUGGGGGAGAGCUAUAAGUAUAAGCUGGUAAAGAAUUUUUUUGUUUUGUACGAUGAAAACCCUGAGGGGGGAAACAAGAUGUAUAGAGAUGGUAAGAUUAUGGAUUUUAAUGUAUUUGUUCCAGCUCUUACAAAUUUUUGAAUGUAUAUAGGAAUAUGUUGAAAAUGUAGAUAUAUGCCACAGAGUCUAUGUAUUGUAUAAAAGAUGGCUCUAGAAAACUCAAUUUCGGUACUUGGCCGGAAGAAAACAAAUACUUGCACAUUUAAUGCGAUUGUUUAUUUUUGUACCAAAGACAAAUGCAACUGAUAUGGCAAACUGCCAGUCUAAGUAAAGUUUUGCACAGCUUACAUGAUACUGUACUGAAUGUAAAAAAGAAAAAAAAGAAAAAAAAAAAACAAGAAAAAA